UUGUUGCAGUGGAUUACUUAGCGUGGCAAGGCGCACGAGUGGAGCGAUGCUAUAGGUGAGACUCUGGACGACCUUUCUCUAGUCUCUCGCUCGGGCAGCAAAAAUGAACAGCACAGAAGAGCUCUGCCAUUCUGUGUUACACAACUGCAAGACCAUCAAAACCUUGAAGCAAAUCCAGGCCCUUAUGUGCAAGGCCGGCCUCGAUACUGAUCGGUUGCUCGCUGGGAAGCUCCUCCUCCGCUGUGCCGUUUCAAUUUCCGACGCUCUUGACUAUGCUUGCCGUCUUCUCUUUCAGUUCCCGUAUCCUGAUGUUUUCAUGUACAACGCUAUCAUCCGAGGGCUCGCCGAAUCCGAUACACCUCAGAGUUCUAUCUUUUCAUUCGUGGAAAUGCGUCGUCGAAGAUCGAUAGGCCCACCUGAUAGCUUCUCUUUCGCGUUCAUUCUUAAAGCGGCAUCUAAUUACGGGUCUUUACGAGCAGGGAUUCAGUUGCAUUGUCAAACUGUAAGGCAUGGGCUUGACGCCCAUCUCUUUGUUGGGACGACUCUUGUGAGUAUGUACGCGGAAUGUGGAUGUCCGCGUUCUGUAAAGAAGGUGUUUGAGGAAAUAAGUGCACCAAAUGUUGUCGCAUGGAAUGCGCUACUUACUGCGUGUUUUAGAUGCUCGAAUGUAAAGGGUGCGGUGGAAACGUUUGGUAGGAUGCCGAUCAGAAAUUUGACCUCGUGGAAUACCAUGCUCGCGGGGUAUGCCAAAGCGGGGGAGCUUCAGCUGGCUAAAAUGGCGUUCCUUGAAAUGCCUAUGAAAGACGAUGUUUCUUGGAGUACUAUGAUUUCAGGGUUUGCUCAGAACGGUUGCUUCUAUGAGGCUUUGGGAUUUUUCAGGCAGCUGCAACGUGUUGGAAUAAGAGCAAAUGACGUGAGCUUGACAGCGGUUCUAUCUAUGUGCGCCCUGGCUGGGGCGGUUGAGUUUGGGAAGAUAUUGCAUGGUUUUAUGGAGAAAGCUGGAUUCCUCUGGAUCAUUUCAGUUAAUAACGCACUCAUGGACACAUAUUCUAAGUGUGGUAGCGUAGGCAUGGCUCGAUUAAUCUUUGAGAGAAUGCCAACAAAUAAAAGCAUUGUUUCUUGGACAACAAUGAUAGCAGGCCUUGCAAUGCAUGGUCAUGGAAAAGAAGCAAUACAGAUUUUCAAUGAUAUGGAAGCGUCUGGGAUCAUACCUGACGGUAUCUCUUUCAUUUCUGUCUUAUAUGCUUGUAGUCAUGCUGGAUUGAUAGAAGAAGGAUGUAAAUACUUUUCGAACAUGAUAGAGAUAUAUGGUGUAGAACCAGCCAUUGAACAUUACGGUUGUAUGGUUGAUCUAUACGGUCGAGCUGGUAAGUUGCAAAUGGCAUAUGAUUUUGUUUGUAAAAUGCCAAUUUCACCCACUGCUAUUAUAUGGAGGACUCUUCUUGGGGCUUGUAGUAUUCAUGGUAAUGUCGAGUUGGCAGAGAAAGUGAAGGAAAGGCUUUAUGAACUUGAACCCAACAAUUCUGGUGACCAUGUUCUUUUGUCCAAUAUUUAUGCCGUAGCAGGAAAAUGGAAAGAUGUUGCAGCAGUGAGAAGAUCAAUGUCUGACCAGAGGAUCAGGAAAACUCCCGGUUGGAGUGUGAUUGAAGUAGACAAGAUCAUGUAUACUUUUGUGGCAGGUGAAAAAGGGGAUAAAAUUACAGAGGCGGCUUAUGAGAAGUUAAGGGAGAUAAUGUCAAAGCUUCGGGUUGAAGGAGGUUAUGUUCCGGAGGUUAGGACUGUUUUGCAUGACAUAGAAGAAGAAGACAAGGAAGAUUCCGUGUCUAGACAUAGUGAGAAGCUUGCUGUAGCUUUUGGGAUGGCAAAACUUUGUGAGGGAAGCAUUAUAAGAAUAGUGAAGAAUUUGAGGGUGUGCAGGGACUGCCACAGAGUGAUGAAACUGAUUUCUAAAAUAUAUAGAUUGGAGAUUGUAAUUAGAGACAGAAGUCGCUUCCACUCUUUCAAAGAUGGCUCUUGUUCAUGCGGAGACUACUGGUAAGAGCUGGCCAAUGAAUUAAUGGUGGAAGGAAACAACCUCUGACGUUAAGAUCAAAGGAUGGAUUGACGUCAAUGCAGGUCUGUUUCCUUGUACAGUAGAGGUUUCACAGAUCAUAGAAAAGAAAGGACUCCUCGCCCUGCGCUGAAUUGACAAACACUAAAGAUUGCCGGCUACCGCCCCCUGGAAAACAACUGAAUCAACAUCAUUGAUGGAAGAAACCAUGCCUUGGAACCAAGAAAAGAAAGAACGAACUAGAAAACUGGGAAUUUGAUGUGUCUAAAGUUGAUAAUCAUGGGUUAGUGCGAAGAGUUGAACCAGUAUUUCAAAGGAGAAACACAAGACGAAGAAUCACAAUUAUAUCCUUGAAGUGGACAUUGAUCUAUUGCGCCAAACAAGGAAAAAACCAUGGAAAUAAAAGAAAAGAAAGGGUAGCGAAACAGGCAAUUGAGUGAUACAGUAUUGCCCAUCGCCAUAAGAAGAGAAGCUGAGAGUACACCUAGAGGACUAAUCGAACAUUCAGUAUCAAGAACUAAAAGCUGCACUCUGCAUUGUGGAUCCUUUAUCUAAUUUAGAGGUACUAGAACACAUGAUCUGGACAAGCAUAUAUAUAGACAGGUUGGUGCAAGUAAAAUCGAACUUCAUCAAUACCAUAUAAUAGUAUCUAUUGUGCGAAGCCUCAUUUAAAAGUUGUCAUCAGCAGAGUAUGAUGUGCUUUCAUUUUACUUAAUAUGAAUAUUAUCAAUUUAGUGCCAAACAGGCAGGGUCCUAAUCAUGUUGUCAUCAUUCAUUGACACUACUUUAACUGUAUAGAUUUGUCCUUCGAUUUUUUACAUUAUUUUCGCUGUGUAGAUUUGUUAUUUUAUUUUUUCAACAAA